AUGACCAAAUUAUCCUCUUCGUUAUCAUAUAAACUUCUUAGAAGAUGGGAUGGAUUUCUUCGAUGUUUACCACCUUUUUUCAUUCCUGCCAGAUGGGAAGUAUGGUCCGAUGCAUCUGGUAAAGGUUACGGUGGACAUCUGGGACCGCAAUCAAGACCUCUGGACGUGUGGCAAGAAGCUCACCCUUAUCUAUCAAAUGGCAAAGGUUCAACUGAAUACGUAGAGGCAAAAGCAGUUUUACUCAGUCUGAAUAAAUGGAAAAAUGUCCUCAAAGGUAAAAAAGUCUGGUGCUAUGUUGAUAAUUAUCAAGUUUAUCAGACUUUAAAUAAACGUUAUUCGUACCAAUUAAAUCACAAUCACAAUCACAAUCCUAAUCAUACUACGAAUAGCAAUUCCACAAAAUUGUAUUUCACACCUAAUCCAUUCUUCCUAUCUACUUCGUUAAUCACUUUCCAAACGACACCUCCUUAUUCACAUGAAUCACAAGAUCAAGAUCGGACUCAAGGAGAAAUGCAAAUCCCAGAACCAAAGCCAAAACCACAAGAAAAAGAAAAAGAAAUCAAAUGUCCAAAAGUCAGAUCAACUUUUGAAGAAAUCGAUAAAUUGAUAAAAGAAAAUCAGAUCACUCUGAGAGCAAGAUGGGUUUGGGGGAAAGAUAACGUAUUGGCUGAUAGAUUAUCAAGAUUGGGUAAAGGAGAUGGAAGAGGUACUUUGACUCCUCAUGUCAGACAAUUACUCGAUGCUGCUAAGAGAAGUACGCAAGAUGUUUUAUCUGAAGAUAGUAGUAUCAGUGGUAGCAGUAGCACGAGAGUCGCCUAG